AUGGAUUCGAGUUCUCCUGUGUACAACGAGCAAGUCUCUCCAGAGCAUUCCCCAUCUCCCAAUUCAUGGGAAAUGCGAUAUACGUCACUCUCCGACAAUUCCAAGCGGAUGCUCGGUAUCUUGUCCAUCUUGAACCCAGAUGGCGUUCCCUAUGAGCUAUUCCGACAAGUUGCCAGCACGGCAGUACGCCGCGGUCAUUUGGAUCUGGAAUACCUGCAGAACCCAGUGCGAUUUUACGCAUCACUGAGGGAAUUGACCUACAAGUCUACCAUUGAGGUGGAUUACAGCACUCAUACUAUUUUCAUUGUCAAAGACCUGCAGAGAGAAAGCUACAGCCAAAUUUGCAAGGAUGAAUCUCUCCGCAGAACCGUCUUCGAACAGGCCAUGCAUCUGCUGAUUUGCUCGCAGCCAGAAACCGGGGACACGGUGGUGGGUUCGUUGAGGAGGAAUUCGGAAUGGUCGAAGAGGUAUGAGUCCAAUAUUAAGGCGCUUGUGCAGCACUUUCUGGGAUGUCCUGGUGCCUGCGGGGGGCAUCAGAAUCAGCUCGCAGCUCUAGUCUAUCAAUGUGCUUUGUAUCAAGUCGAACGAUCAUUGCACAGCGCAGCGUCCGAAACCCUCAAGAUGGCGAAUGACGUCGUGAAUCUCUCUCAAAAGCCUGAAAUUCUUUUCAUGUCGGACUGCAGACGCCUUGAGGCGCGGGUGUUCAACGAGACGAACCAUCCCACGGAGGCAAUCAAGGCCAGCCAGGAGUCGCUUGCGUAUGCGGAGAUGGCCAAGAAACAGAACAUGCUUCCCCCCGCGGACGACCGUCUUCCUCGCAUUCUCACGGGGUACAGCAAUUCACUCAGCCAGCUUAGCCAAUUUGAUCUGGCGACUAAGGUACAACAGGAAGCGUUGGAUUAUGUGACAAGGCUCCCGGGAUACUUGAAAGUCCAUAAGCUUGUCCAUGCGAACUGGGGAUCUCUUCUAUACCGUCUAGGAAAAUACGAAGAGGCCGUGAGAGUUCUGUCUCAGAGCCUAGACGCUAUACAGCCGGUGGCAAUGAAUCCUCUAGGACGCGCCUAUUUGGCUCUUGGGAAGAAUGAUGAGGCUUUCCGGGCUCAUGAUAAGGCCCGCAUUGUCAAUAUCGAACGGUUUGGGCCCCAGCAUGCAGUCAGUGCUGUGAGUCUGUUCAAGGUUGGUCAGGUUCUGGUCGAAUCCACGAAGGAACCUAUGCGAGCACUCAGUUAUUUGCGUCAGUCGCUCGAUUGCUUCUUGAUGCAGGAUUCCCAGUAUUUCAACAGGAUCGGUGCGGCGAGAGCGGCACAUAUGCUGGCCAGAGCGUUCCAGGAGAUGGAGAUUUAUACGGAGGCCAACGAGUAUUUACAGUUUGCGCAAGACUUGCGAUCUGAAGUUGUUGGGGAAGUAGAUUCGAUAGCCGACAGUGAUGAUUACUAUAAAUCUCUGAUGUUCUACUGGGACCAUUGA